AUUAAUAUCAACGUCUCAAUAAAUUUACUAAUCCUAACAACCCUAACAACCCCCUUACUUCUAUCACUAACUAGCAAAUAUAACUCAAACAGCUACCCUAAACACGUAAUUAACUCAAUUAAAUUAUCGUUUCUAUUUAGCCUAAUCCCUCUACUCACAUUUCUCAACAACAAUAAUGAACUCAUCACAUCAAACUGACACUGAAUAACAAUCAACUCAAUUAAAUUAGUUAUAAGCUUUAAAUUUGACUAUUUCUCUUAUCUAUUUAUUCCAGUAGCAUUAUUUGUAACAUGGUCAAUCACGGAAUUUUCUUCAUGAUAUAUACACUCCGACCCAAACCUAAACCGAUUCAUAAAAUACUUACUAAUAUUCUUAAUAACCAUAAUUAUCCUAGUAUCAGCUAACAACCUAUUUCAACUAUUCAUUGGAUGAGAAGGAGUAGGAAUCAUAUCAUUUUUACUAAUUGGUUGGUGAUUCGGACGAACAGAUGCCAACACCGCAGCUCUACAAGCCAUUUUAUACAAUCGCAUCGGAGAUAUCGGCCUAAUUCUAUCUAUAGCCUGAUUUACAAUCCACACAAACUCAUGAGAGCUACAACAAAUCUUCAUCUUCAACACGAACACUGACAUUCUACCAUUAUUAGGUAUUCUACUAGCCGCAACAGGCAAAUCAGCCCAAUUUGGACUCCACCCAUGACUUCCCUCAGCUAUAGAAGGGCCAACACCAGUAUCAGCUCUAUUACACUCAAGUACAAUAGUUGUAGCCGGAGUAUUCCUAAUAAUCCGAUUCUACCCACUAACACAAAACAACCAAACUAUCCUAACUUUAACACUAUGCCUAGGAGCAAUAACCACACUAUUUACCGCAAUAUGUGCUCUUACACAAAACGACAUCAAAAAAAUCGUAGCAUUCUCCACCUCAAGCCAACUUGGCUUAAUAUUUGUUACCCUAGGGAUUAAUCAACCACACCUAGCAUUCCUUCACAUCUGUACCCACGCCUUCUUCAAAGCCAUACUAUUCAUAUGCUCCGGAUCAAUCAUCCACAACCUAAAUAAUGAACAAGACAUCCGAAAAAUAGGAGGACUGUUUAAAUCCAUACCAUUCACCUCAUCCUGCUUAACCAUCGGAAGCCUCGCACUGACAGGGAUACCAUUCCUAACAGGUUUCUACUCAAAAGACUUAAUCAUCGAAACCCUUAAUACGUCUAAUACCAACGCCUGAGCCUUACUAGUCACACUAAUCGCCACCUCAAUAACUGCUGUAUACAGCACACGAAUCAUCUUCUUCGUUGUAAUAUCUAAACCACACUUCACCCCAACAAUCACAAUAAACGAAAAUAACCCUCAACUUAUUAACCCUAUUAACCGCCUAGCCCUGGGGAGUAUCCUAGCAGGAUUUAUAAUUACCUCAAAUCUCCCACCAACUAAUAUUCCCACAAUAACAAUACCACUAUCACUAAAAUUAAUAGCCAUUACAAUUUCUAUUUUAGGGUUUACAGUCGCCAUAGACCUAAACAACAUAACCUCAACACUUAAACACAAAUCACCUACCCCCACACACAAAUUCACCACACUGCUAGGAUACUUUCCAUCAAUUAUCCACCGCCUAUUACCAGUCAAAAGCCUAACUAUAAGCCAAAACAUAGCAUCAAACCUAAUAGACCUAAUUUGACUAGAAAAAGCUAUCCCAAAAACAAUUGCCAACACACAAAUAACUGCUUCCAUCAUUACAUCAAACCAAAAAGGACUUAUCAAACUCUACUCACUAUCAUUCCUAAUAAAUAUUACCAUUAUCUCACUACUCACCCUAACCUAUUACCUCGAGUAA